AUGGCGGACUCGUCCGGCAACGCGCUGAAGCGACCUCAUCCCGCUGAGGACGAUAGCAGUUCGCAAAAAAGGACCCGCUCCAACAAUGGAUCGCCAGCACCCGGCCAAAGCGGCGCUACUUCGAACAAGGUGGAUAUCGAGAAGAUGGUGGCGGAGGCGAGAGCAAAGGCUGAAGCUGUGCGCGCGCGCUUGGCAGCAGCACGCGGCGGUGCGGUGCAAACACCACCUCCUGCGCAGUCCAGUCCUAGCCCAACACCUCCAGCUCUCAGUCCCGCGAUGUCGAAAUUGGAACAAAUGAAGGCUCGAGUGGCCGCAGCUACCAGCAGGGCCAAUGCCCCCUCCCACCAACGACCUAGUGCUCCCGCACCGCCCCAACCACCGGCGUUCGACGACGAGAGCCUUACCAAGGGCCGCGGUGGUUUGGAUGUCGGUCUUCAUCCCGCAUUGCUUGCCGAUACUACAUCAGAUUCUCGCGGAGGGAAGGGCGGCCAGCAGGGUAAGGCGGGGAACCGUCGAGAUACUCCAGGAUCUACCUUCCAGCGUGGUAACAAAGCUCGGCUGGAUCUGUCCGGUCCUUCUAUUGAAGAGAUCAAGAGCAACCCAUACUUUGAUCCUAGUCUUGGUCCCAAGGCUACUCUCGCCAAGCCACGUGUUUCGCGACAGCUUGUCUUCAAUCAGAAAGGUAAAUAUGUUCAACAGGCUGCCGCUCUCCGACGACAGGCGCAGUUGGAGGCUAUGAAAAAGAGAAUUGCCGAGAAAGCUCGACAAGCCGGAAUAGACGAAGAUCGUGACGUGGAGAAAUCAUAUCUUGUUCCUGCGCCACCUGCCAUUGAGUGGUGGGACGAAGGUCUGGUCAGCAGUGGUGAUUACUCUGCCAUCGAGGAUGCUGCCAACACCAAAGUCGACACUGCCGAUACUAUCAUCACGCGUUAUGUCCAACACCCUGUACUUCUCGAGCCGCCUCAGGAAAAGCACCAACCUACACAGAAACCGAUGUUCCUGACGCCGAAGGAGCAAGCGAAGAUUCGUCGACAGCGACGUAUGGCCGAUUUGAAGGAACAGCAAGCAAAGAUCCGACUGGGUCUCGAGCCCGCGCCACCUCCGAAGGUGAAGAAGUCCAAUCUCAUGCGGGUGUUGGGUGAACAAGCUGUCAAAGACCCUACGGCCGUUGAGGCUCGUGUGACUCGGGAGAUCGCAGACCGUAAAGAACAGCACGAAACGAUGAACGAGGAGCGCAAGUUGACUAAAGAUCAACGGCGUGAGAAACUGGCAACCCAGCAGGAGGCAGAUGCCUCACUGGGUAUUUACGUUUCAGUGUAUAAAAUUGACAAUCUCGCCAGCGGUCGGAAUCGUUUUAAGAUCAGCAAGAACGCCGAACAGAAUGCCCUUACUGGCAUUUGUGUAAUGCACCCGAAGUUGAAUCUGGUGAUUGUCGAGGGUGGCAAGCACUCUAUCAACAAUUACCGCAAGCUCAUGCUAAACCGAAUUGAUUGGACCGACAAUCCCGGCCCAACGACUUCUGAAAAGUCCGAAGGCCAGCCACUGUGGUUGUCCACGGAAAAUGACAAGGGUGAACCACGAGACUUCAGCGACAAUACAUGCACACUUUUAUGGGAGGGGCAGGCCAAAAACCGUGCUUUCCGGAAAUGGCUUGGGGCCAGAGUUUGCGAAUCAGAUUCUGCUGCGAAGGAAGUUCUCACUCGCUCGAAGAUGGAGAAUUUCUGGGCUCUGGCAAAGAGUGCCAAGCCUGCUGAGUUUUAA